CACGUAGAGGAUUGCAUCAGCUGUCAGAGAAAGUCGAGUGCUUGGAUGGCAUUUUAUUUGGGAUUUGCUAAAGACAAUUCCGUGUUCCAGAACAUCAGUGAUAAUGUGUGAGACACGUUAUUACUUGUUCAUUAUAUUGUACAUAUGUAAAUGUUUCCUUGUCGAGUGUUACUUGGACGAAAAUAAAGAUGCCGGCCCUGUUGGUAAUUUGGCCACACCCCCAAAUGUUGACAGUAAAGGGGAGGAGAACGUUGUUUUGUGGUGGACCCCGUUUACAGGAAUUCAGGGUCAGUCUCGUACUUGCUCUGUAGGCACAUGUUUUUUUACUGAAAAUAGGGAUGUCGUUAAUGAAAAAAGUACAAAAGCAGUGUUAUUUUAUGGUAGUGAUUUUAAUGUUGAAGAUUUGCCACUCCCGCGUCCUCAUGGUCAGUGGUGGGGAUUAUUACACGAGGAGUCUCCUAAAAACCAGCCACUGUUUGAUCACGAGCCAGUAUUAAAAUUAUUUAAUGUAACAUCGACGUUUCGCAGGAACUCUAAUUUCCCCCUUACUUUGCAGCACCUAGUCAGCAUUGAUAUUUUGACUUCCACUGACGAAUAUUUCACAUUAGCAGAAAAAACGUUAUAUAGUGAACGAGAUGAUUUAGCUCCAAUAAUAUACGUGCAGUCCGACUGCGAUACCCCUGCCGAGAGAGAUAACUUCGUUCAGGAAUUAUCCAAAUUUAUUAAAGUUGAUUCUUAUGGACUUUGUCUGCAUGAUCGGGACCUCCCCUCACAUCUACUGGAUGCAGCCGCCACUUAUGACCACACGGACUUUAGGAAACUGGUUUCUAAAUACAAAUUUGCACUUGCCAUUGAAAAUGCUGCUUGCGAUGAUUAUAUUACGGAAAAAAUCUGGCGGCCUCUGAGUGUAGGGACUAUUCCAAUUUACUGGGGAUCUCCUUCAAUUAGCGAUUGGGUCCCUAAUCCCAAUUCAAUUAUACAUAUAAGAGAUUUUGAUUCUCCCUUUGAAUUAGCUCAGUACCUGUACGCUGUGUUGCAGAAUGACACGUUAUACGAGUCAUUUUUAGAGCACAAAGAGAAGAGAAUGGUAUCAAAUACAAAUCUUACAAAGUCUAUGGAAGAUAGAAAAUGGGGUAUUAACAAUGAUUUCGAGCGAGGAAACUUCAUUGAGCAUUUUGAGUGUCAUGUCUGCGACGAAAUUUUGCGUCACUUCAGUAGCCAGAGAAAACAGGCCGACUCAAGUCAUUACGGAUGUCCAGAGCCUCCAAGCGUUUUGACGGGUAAACCAAAUCCCAAAAGCUUUUGGGUUGAAGAGUGGCACAAGGCACGGGUAGAGGCACAAGUUCUCCAUCGCUUCCUUUCCACAAAACCAGGAGUUUUUACUUCCGACCAAUUCUUUCAGGAGGUCAUUGAUCGUUUGCAAAAGGAUGGAUUUUUCAGCAGGUUCCACCAUGUGCAUGAGGAUCUGUAACCGGUUACAGAAGUUGGUGGCUCGAUUAUGGCACAAUAUCACGUGAUACCCUGUGUAAAAUAUUUUUCUUACUGAAUUUUUAUGAAUAAAAUAUUUUGCAUAAAAUAAAGUUGGAAACUUCA